CGGCUUUCAGUGGCCGGGAGACCGCGCCCGGGGGAAGCUGGCUCAGCGGGACGGAGUCAGGGUGGUCGACGGAGCACCGGGGAGCUCUAGGGUCCAGCCAGAAAGCGCCCCCGCCCAUUAGAUGCUCUGAUCUCUGACCCCUGCCGGUCAGAUCUAGGACCCUGUGUAGAUCCAAGUCUUUCAAGCAGCCACACCAUGAACACGUCUCCAGGUACGGUGGGCAGUGACCCCGUCAUCUUGGCCACUGCAGGCUAUGACCACACGGUGCGGUUCUGGCAGGCACACAGCGGGAUCUGUACGCGAACGGUGCAGCACCAGGACUCCCAGGUGAACGCGCUGGAGAUCACACCUGACCGCAGCAUGAUUGCUGCUGCAGGUUACCAGCACAUUCGCAUGUAUGAUCUCAACUCCAAUAACCCCAACCCCAUCAUCAGCUAUGAUGGGGUCAACAAGAACAUCGCGUCUGUGGGCUUCCACGAGGACGGCCGCUGGAUGUACACUGGUGGGGAGGACUGCACCGCCCGCAUCUGGGACCUCAGGUCCCGGAACCUGCAGUGUCAGCGGAUCUUCCAGGUGAAUGCGCCCAUUAACUGUGUGUGCCUGCACCCCAACCAGGCAGAACUCAUUGUGGGUGACCAGAGUGGCGCCAUCCACAUCUGGGACUUGAAAACUGACCACAACGAGCAGCUGAUCCCGGAGCCUGAGGUCUCUAUCACAUCGGCCCACAUCGACCCUGAUGCCAGCUACAUGGCUGCGGUCAAUAGCACUGGGAACUGCUAUGUCUGGAACCUGACUGGGGGCAUUGGUGACGAGGUGACACAGCUCAUCCCCAAGACCAAGAUCCCAGCACACACCCGCUACGCCCUGCAGUGCCGCUUCAGCCCAGACUCCACGCUCCUCGCUACCUGCUCGGCUGACCAGACGUGCAAGAUUUGGAGGACGUCCAACUUUUCCCUGAUGACGGAGCUGAGCAUCAAGAGCAGCAACCCUGGAGAGUCGUCCCGAGGCUGGAUGUGGGGCUGCGCCUUCUCGGGGGACUCCCAGUACAUAGUCACUGCUUCCUCUGACAACCUGGCCCGGCUGUGGUGCGUGGAGACGGGAGAGAUCAAGAGAGAGUACGGCGGCCACCAGAAAGCUGUUGUCUGCUUGGCCUUCAAUGACAGUGUGCUGGGCUAACCUGUGUCCCCUCGGGAUUGCAGGCAGCUGUCCAGGUGGCACCAGCUGGAUGUCUGUUCAGCUGCCCAGAUCAGAGUGACACCCUAUGGGCUGGCCUCUACCAUCCUAGGCUCGCUGGACCUGACUGACCUACCCUGGUCCCUGGCCAGACUAGACUGGCCAGGCUGGUCCACCCUGGGACUCUCUCAGCCCCGGUUGCUUACAAGGAUGUGAGGAGGCUCAGGAGGCCCACCCUAGGCAGCUUGCAUUCCCUUCAGAAAUUCUGGACCCACAGGGUCUAGAGCCGCUGAGGGGGAUCCGAGGCUGGUGCCCAACCCCAAGCCAGUGCCUCCUCCUUCCCCUCCCUGCCACUGUUUCGCGUCCCGAGGCCACAGAGGACACCAUCACGGCCAGGUUGAGUUGUUUAUUAGCCCUGCCAGUGGCUACCCUCCGUGGACUGGUGAUUGCACCGGCCAGCUGGCUGGCCUGAGGGGCUGCGCUGUAAGGGCUUAGUCCGGGAGGUAAUAAAAGCAGACGGACAUGCA